AAAUAACUUUGUCUAAAAAGAAAUCCCUUCCUCAACUGCAUCGGGGCUCACUUGGCGGAGGCGGCGACCCCUUCCAGAUCCGCUCCGACGCCGGCGUGCAGGCAACUCCGGGUUCUUAAAAAUGCCGAGGAAGAAGAUCCGGCUGGAUCCAGUUGCAGGCGGCAGGCAGAUAGCCAAUAAGGCUCAGGUUGAUGGAACUGAGCAGACAUCGCCACAUGCCAUUUGUAAGCUCUACGAGCACAUCAACGAAGGUCAACGCGUUGCUGUCAGAGCCAUGGGGACUGGGCCGCUCCUGGACCUCAAGUGUGCAUACUUACACAACACCGUCCUGACAUGGUUCACAAGGUUGUACCACUCAGGAAGGAGAGGGUUUGUCGUGCCCGGACGCGGGUUCAUUCCACUGACCGAGGAGUCUGUAUAUCAGAUUUUGGGCAUCCCUCGUGGAGACAUUGAGGUCAAGUAUGAAGCCGACUGUGACAUGGAAGAGGAGCUCGCAGCUAGUUUGUUGUGGGGCGAUGGCAGCAGGCCAAAGAUCACGACAGUUGCUACUGCAAUCAUCAACCAUAACGAGGCUGAUGAUAGAUUCAAGAAGUUAUGGCUUAUUUACAUUGUCUCAACUGUGUUGGCCCCUACGACGGAUGCACGGGUCAGCAACAAGUGCUACCCCAUGCUGGCGGAUAUCAACCGGGCAGACAGGUUGAACUUGUGCAAAUUUGUCGUGGACCAGCUCCACGAGCACCUCUCAAAGGGGAAAUACACAAAUGGGUGCUUACUUUACUGCAUGCUAAGGUACCUCGAUGCUUUGGAUUGUGAUGGCAUGGAGCUUGAGUUAACUGACACACCAUAUAGAGUAAACGCAUGGUCCAAGACCCAGGUUGAUGUUGUCGCUGAGCUGGACAUGUUAGAGCAUGAUCCACCCUGUUUUGGCAGACUUCAGCUAAAGGAAGAAUUCAGAGAGGAGGCUGCUAGUGGAUCGGGCACAAGCAUAUUGAGUCUGUUCGGAGGCCCUGGUGGCUUAGAAACCUGGAUGAAGCAAAACACCCACCCAAGUUGCUCUGAAAAUAACAAGCUUAAAGUACAGGGGAUCAUCCACAAGUUUGCAUCAGGGUUGGAGACUCUCCUUGGUGAUCUCGUACAGGGGAUGACAGCCCCAACAGCAAGUAAUUCAACCAAAAGUAGGAGGGGCAGGCGCAAUGAAAUAGAAGAAAAUGAUGAUACGUUGUUUGAAGAUUCGUCAUCAUCAGAAUCUGACGGCGACACGGAUGGGGACGAUGAUACGUCGUUUGCGUCAUCUUCAGAAUCCGUAGUGCUAGCAGAAUGAAAUAUUUUCUGGUUUACUUUGUACUGGUUGCUAUAUUUAUUUUGAUAUUUUUCUCGGAUC